GUUCCUGAACCAAUUGACUGCACGCAGCUGAGCACUGCAGCAGGUGUCUGAUGACAGUGCCACAAGCGCUCCGGUCAACGUCCGUCCCGGCCGGCAACCGAUAGGCUUGGCAUUUCCAAAAUUCGGCCGUGGUCAGCGCUCACUGCCGUCGCCGUGGUACCUGGAACCGCUCCGCCCGCCGCCCGCCCGCCGGACUCGACCGACCGACCGACCGAUCUCAAAGUCGCGUACGCGCCCGCCUCUCCUCGUUUGCAGCCACCACCCAUCACCACCGAAUUCCCCCUCGUUCUCGCCCAACAUGCAGCCGACCAGGGUUCUUCUCAAGAGAUCCGUGUGGAAGGGUCCUCACAUCGUCCCUCUCCCCAUCCAGCGCCCCGAGCCCGGCAAGAAGAUCGCUCCCAUCCGCACCCAGGCCCGGUCCGCCACCAUCCUGCCCAACUUUGUCGGCCUCAAGUUCCAGGUGCACAACGGCAAGGACUACGUCGACUUGACUGUCACCGAGGAGAUGGUUGGGCAUAAGCUUGGGGAGUUUUCUUCUACACGCAAGCCCUUCAUCUGGGGUAAGAAGAAAUAGACAACGAAUACAAGGUUGCUGCGGGUUUCACACGUUUCUGAGGGCGGCGUUUUUCGGUAAAAACAAAAGCAUUUUUGCUUAUCUGUACCAUACCAUACCAUACCAGAGGAAGGGUGGGGGGAACAGGUUCUGUACACAUAUCAUCUUAUGGGCAAAUUAGACUUCGCUUGGAUCA